AUGGCUGCCUCGGAUCGUUAUCGCCAUGAUGCCGCAGCUACAUCAGACUCGACACCAUCCAGAGCGCACACCAACGCGGCAACUCCGGACAUGGCGACCACCAGCAAGGACGAGCAUGGCUCGGCUUCUUCUCCGUCUCCUUCCGUCCAGCGUGUCGAGUCGAACCUAGGCGACGCCGAGCUGUCUGCGUUCGCCAUCCGGCGCAAUCAAUUUCUCGCACUCACGAAGAAGAAUUGGAUCGUGUUGCGUUCGUACUGGUUCAUCAACCUCAUGAGAUGCUUGAUCGUACCCAUCGCAUACUACAUCUUCUUGGGCGAGGCGAAGAACUUCUUCAACACCACAAACGACCUAGGCUUGGGACAGCCUGUGCAGGUUCGCUCCCUUUCCGAGAGUCUCAAUGGCAGACCAUUCUUCUGGCUGGACGAGCGCAACUCGACCACCGGGUCCAGAUUUUCAGCGCAGCAGAUCGUCGACGUUGUUCUCGACAGUCUGCAGCCAGGCCAACGAUCGCUAGUCAAACAGGUCAACAACAAUCAAGAGCUAGGUCUCGCCUGUCCGCAGGCGUUCAAUGGUCUCAGCUCUUGCUUCGGCGCCAUCGCCUUCACCGACAUCACCGCCGAGGGCAGCGUCACCUACACUCUCAGACAAGAUCCUGGCUUGAACCGUGUCAAGGUCAGCACGAACAGCGGUGAUGCCGAGACCAGGACUUUCCCCAUGCAGUUUGCAGUCGACUCCGCUAUCCUGCAACUCAACGGCGCACCUGCCUCCUUCUACGCCCAGCCGCCUUUGGAACAGCCCUAUUCGCAACAAACGAAUGCCGAACAAUCCGAAAGCCAGCGUAGGGGCUUCCUUGGCGGUGUCGAUCAGCUCACCGUGCUCGCCUUCUUCAUCGGCAUGCUUGGUGUCGUCUGGCACCUCCCCUCUUCUGUCAGCGAAGAACGCGGAUCGGGCAUGACCGCUUUGUUGACCACCAUGGGAUGCGCACAGCUCCCGCGUCUCCUCUCUUGGCUCUGUGGUCCUGGUGCUUCCUAUCUCCCCGCUUGGUUUGUCAUGGGAGGCACUCUGUCAGCGACGCUGUGGACAACGAGCAACAAAGCGCUCGGCAUCUUUGCCCACGUCCUUCCUGGUUUGGCCAUGGCCAGCUGGUCGCUCUUUGUCGCCACCUUCUUCGCACGCGCAAACGUCUCAAGCAUCAUCACCACGGCGCUGGCCAUCUUGAUGGCCAUCGUGGCUCUCAUCACGAAGCGCAUCGGAGAGGGAGGUGGCAUCGUGAUCGGUCUUCUCUUCCCUCCAGCGUCGUUUGUCUACGAGUUCAUCGCCAUCUCCGCGUACGAACAUGAAGGAUUGGCUGCUGAUGUGACCGGAUCGCACGACGGCAUCAACAGAGGUCCCUCGAUCUUGGGCCAGAUCGUUGUCCAGAUCAUCGGCAUAUUCGUCUUCCCUGUGCUCACUAUCUUGCUGGAACGCAAGCUCUUCUUCGCCGAACCCUUCUUUCGAUGGCUCUUCCGACGUCGCUCUUCCAAGUCGACGCAGAACCUGUAUUCUGAGAAGGCGGCUUCGAUUGACGGGACAACACCGGCACUGUCGAUCAAGAACCUGACCAAGAAGUAUGGCAAGAAGGACAGCAGUCUCGCGGUCGACAAUCUGGACCUCGAAGUGUCGCGCGGCAGCAUCACCUGUCUGCUAGGCUCGAACGGUUCCGGCAAGUCGACCACGAUCGGCGUUGUCGGCGGCACGAUCCGCAAGACUUCUGGCGAGGUCUACAUCGACGGCUUCGAACGUGGCGCCGCUCCGCCUGGCCUCAUUGGCGUUUGCCCUCAGAAAGAUGUUCUCUUCAACCAACUCAACUGCCUCCAACACGUCGAGCUCUUCCGCGCCAUCAAGCACCGUCGCGGCACCAGAGAAGAUGCCAGCGAUCUGCUCGACCGCUGUGAACUAUCGCACAAGCUCAAAGCGAGACCUACACAGUUGUCAGGUGGUCAGAAGCGACGUUUGCAAACUGCGGCUGCAUUGGUGGGCCAAUCGACGUUCCUCAUGUUCGACGAGGCUACGUCCGGCUUGGAUCCCUUGUCUAGACGUGCUAUCUGGAAGAUUCUGCUCAAUGAGAGGGGGAGGCGAUCUAUCUUGUUGACGAGUCACUUCCUCGACGAGGCGGAUCUGCUGGGAGACCACAUCGUCAUCUUGGCGGCACCGGGCAAAAAGCUUUGUCAGGGCACGCCGAUCGAGCUGAAGAUGCGAUACGGACAGGGAAGCAGCAUUCACGUCUCUCCUGCUGGACGCGGCGUCUUGCCGAUUCUCGAAGAGGUUUGCCCGGGAAGCAAGCAGAUCGCGGCACUUGAGCCAAGCCAGGACUCGUUCUUGGUCCCUGCUGAUAACCAGUCGCAAGUAGCCAGAGCCUUGGAAGCGAUCGAGGAUCACAAAGCCAGCCUCGGCAUUGAAAGCUACGACGUUGCCGGGCCUUCGCUUGAGAGCGUCUUUCUCUCGCUCAACUCGGCGCACGCUCGUUCAAACGGCAAGCAGGAGGAGGUCGACGAGAUGGAAGGAAACGUCGGUCAUCACCACGAUCAAUCUCAGCUGUCCGACGGUGCUGUUGCGAGCGUCUUUGCUCUCACAUUGGCACAGUUACUCAAGCGUCUGGUGCUGUAUCGCAGGAUCUUCCUUCCUGCUAUCUUUGCCAUUCUCGUCGCAGUCGUCGGGUCUGUAGUUCCGCUCGCGUUUUUCUCUGACCGCGAUCCAUCUUGCAGUCGAGGCUUUACAGAUCGCGAGCUCUUCUCCAGUGCCAACUUUUGGAACGGUGCAAGAUUCACCACCGAGCUUCUGUAUGCUGCUCCGGAGGCCAAUGCCCAGCUGGAGUUUGGCAAUGGCUUCAACCUCAGCGCGAUCGCCUUUGAUCGAGUUGCUUUGGAUCAGUACAACGCGUCGAUAACGAGGCUCUGGGAUAGCGAUCAGCGAGGUGCAGGAGGUAUUGCGUUGCCGGGCAACACAACUGGUGGAAGAACGCAGUUCUCGUACCUUGCUGAUGACGGUCCUCUGAUUCCAAUCGCAGCGCUCAACCUUGUCAGCAACGCUGGGCUCGCCAGUCUGCGUGGUGCCAACGCUGGUACCGCUGGCGCGCCGACCAUCACAUCCUUGUAUCGGCCACUCAGCAAUCUUUCCCUGGGCAACGGUCUCGGCUCGGCACUCAAGUGGGCUGUUGUAUUUGGCUUGGUUCAAGCCGUCUGGCCUGCGUUCGCAGCCUUGUACCCGUCUGCAGAGCGCAACAACCGCGUCAAAGCUAUGGCUCUCACCAAUGGUAUGCGUGCCGUCCCGCUCUGGCUCGGUCACCUGCUCGCCGAGCUACCCGUGAUCAUCAUCAGCACAGUGCCCGUUGCGGUCGUAUAUGCAUUUGCCUCGGACCAAUUCGCAGGCGAAGGCGUCUUCUGGGUGGUCCUCUUCCUGCACGGCGUAUCGUCGACGUUGCAGAGCUUUGUCGUCUCGUUAUUCGCGCCAAACCAGUUGGCGGCGUUUGCCAUCGUUGCUGCGUGGAACGUGCUGGCGUUCCUGAUCUACUUUGCUACGACCAUGCUUACAGUGACGUACUACGUCGGCAAUGGGUUGGCGGGAGCGUUGGAUGCGGCGUACUACGUAGAGGCGAUCCUUGCACCGAGCGUCAGCAUGACCAGAGCAGGAUUCGUCAGCGUCAACCUGUUCAACCUGCUCUGCGAUGGAAGAGGAGGAUACAAGAGCGGUGGGAUUGCAGCGAUCGAUUUGCUGGGCGCACCGAUCAUCUACACGAUAGUGUGGGCGUUGGUCUGCUUCGCGAUCUUGGUGGCGCACGAUUCGGGCUAUCCGCUCUUGCCUUCGUCUCUCGGCUUCUUGCUGCGCCGCCGAAGGGGGCGUGCCAGCGUGUCGGAAGGUGUUGCCGGCGAAGAGUCAAAGGUGCAGCCGUCAGGACAGGGAGUUCGAGAAGAAGCAAUCCGCCUAGACUCAAUGGAUUGCGACGACGUGCUGCAAGCCAAGCACCUCGACAAGUCGUAUGGAAAGCUGCUCGCGGUGGACGACGUUUCGCUCGGUGUGCGGAGGGAAGAGACGGUCGCAUUGCUCGGUAUCAACGGUGGAGGCAAGACGACCACGCACGCGCUCAUCCGUGGCGAGCUGACACCCGACGCAGGCAGUGUCACGAUCGCAGGCAUCGGUGUAGCACAGCAACGAACCCUGGCGCGAUCUCAUAUCGCCUCGGUUCCGCAAUUCGACGGCCUCGAUCCUCUACUGACGGUGCAACAACACCUCCGCACCUACGCUCGCAUCAAGGGUGUCCCCUCGUCGCAGCGCAAGGAAAACGUCUCCGCAGUCAUGCACCUUACCAACCUGACCCAGUAUGCGGAUCGUCGUGCGGGGGCUCUAUCCGGAGGCAACAUGCGCAAGCUUUCCCUCGCCAUCGCUCUUCUCGGCAAUCCGUCUGUUCUGUUGCUCGACGAACUUUCGUCCGGCGUCGAUUCGUGGACCAAGCGCGGUCUCUGGCAGACGCUGCGUCGAGCAGGCAAAGGAAGAGCUACUCUCAUCACCUCUCACAGCAUGGAAGAAGCUGCUGCUCUAGCAUCGCGUGUCGCCAUCCAGGCUUCGCGCAUCCUCGCCAUCGAUACGAUCGGGAACCUGCGCAGGUCGCAUCCGAGCUACGAAUUGCAGCUCGACAUCGCACAGCACCAUCGUGGUUCCAAAGAAGCGUAUAGCAGGGUGGAGAGGUUCGUAACGCAACUGUUCCCGACGGCGACGACGUCGGACGAAGCGAGCGCCAGGUUCGAGAUUCCUCUGGAUGGAGGCGACAGUGUAGCGGGGCUGUUCGCGAGGUUGGAAGCGGCCAAGGCGGAGAGGGAGGAGGCUGGGGUGGUGGGCUAUCAGAUCAGCCCGGUGUCGUUGGAGAGUCUGUUCUUGCAGAUUGUAAGACAGGCUCAGUCGGAUGCUGCGAGGGACGAGAUCGGACGUCAUCACAAGAGUGGCAAGUAG